GGGAUUGUUGACACCUCCGUCCGUCGCCCAGCAUGCCUUCCCCGCCUCCCCCACUCACCAUCCCCAUCCUUCUACAUCCCACACUCCCCUCCCAAGCAAGGCACGCCCUUCCCCUCCGCCCCACCCACAUCGCACACUGGACGGUCAACUCUAACCACGGCCAAUCAGCCUAUACAGCUCUUGCAACGCAAGACAAUACCAUCUGGGUCGUUGCGGACCAGCCGGCACCACCUCUUGAUGAUCACGACCUAUUGCAGGAAGAGACAUCUACUCAUAUACCCAGCAUCUACACUUCGUCACCAAUUUCUCCUCGGCGCGCUCGACCAGCACCCGCUCGACCACAUACACCAUCUCAACGGCCUGGGGCAACUUCUACAGCAUCUACAGCAGGAUCAUCCUCUCAGCGUCGCACUUCCGCCUUUUCUCCUCCACUCUCUGCUCAUCAGUUACCUACGGCUACUCUCUCGUCGGCUACUGCUUCUGCUGCUCCUCCCGACCAGCAUGUCCACCGGUCCAGCUUAUCCGGGAGAAUGGAGCUUAUGGGGCAGCUCAGAGAGCAUAACGGCGGCAGAGAGAAUACAGGAAUAGGAGCAGGGCUGGGCAUUGGACGGAGAGGUCUGACAGGUUUACAUGGCCAAGCUGAGCAAGAUUCCGGGACGACAUCCCCAAAGUCGUCCAUGUCUCUGUCCACAGAAACCACCAGUACUGUCGGCAUGUUCAGUUUCUGGCAAAAAGGCUCACAGUCAGAUGCAGAAGAGAAAGGAAGAGAGAUUGACGAGAUAAUGCAAGAGAUCAAUGUGGACAGAGAGAUGGAAAACGAAAGGCGAGAAUCUGAAAAGGAGAGUGAGGAUCUGAAAGUGGUUGAAGCCGCGAUAGAGAGAAGUCCGAGUUCUGGUCAGGGAUAUAACCUCCCAGGAAGCCAUGCCAAAAGUCACGGAUGCGAGUGGGGGAAUAAAAAGGUCUGGAGAAUUGUGUUGAGGCGGGUGGAUCGUGGAAAGAUAGUGAGCUUAACGGCCUUUGAAGAAUUGGGAAUCUUGUGUGUUUUAAGAGAUGAAGGACUGUUGGAGAUUUUCUCUUUGACCACUUUGCAAUGCGUGGAUUACCUGGAGCUUGAGGGGCCCAACUCACGUCAUUUGCAGAAGGACCCUUCUAACAGCAAUACUGCCAUCGUCAAGCUAGGGCAAGUCUGGUCCUGGAGUGGUAUACAUAUGGCUAGAAACGAUACAUCACAUAUACUCGUUGCACAUGGUCUUCCCUGGCCUUGUGAAACACCUAGCCCUAACGGAGAAGUGACUCGAGUAAUAAUCUUGCUAUUCAAUCAGGAUCAACAGCCUUUGCUCGAUCCUAUUGCAAAGCUCGAGCUUCCUGGAGAAGGUGACGUUGGGUUAUGUCAGGACGGUGAUACUAAUUACUUAAUCCACGCAACUCCCACAUCCUUAACAUCAUAUCCUAUCAUCUACUCUCAACACAAAGCCUCCCCUUCGAGCUCUCUACAACUUCAUCCUGGGCAUUCAUCAGCAGCUUAUCCCUCUCGCUCCCAUACACCGAAUCUUGAGUCGUCAGACGCUUCCUCGUCUCUCUUAAGAAAAUCGGUCUCUUCAUCCCGCCUUCUCGAUCCCCAUCAAUCUCAUCCACAUGAAAAAGAACACAGCUUUGCGAGAUUCCUUGCUCGGCGAACGGAUUGGUCUAAGAAAAAAGAUGAAGAACAUGGCGAUCAGCCGAUCAUACAUCCUGCUUUGGGAGAGGGUAAAGAAGUUGAGAGGGACGGAUACGGACAUUGGACAAGAAUUAAGUUGCAUGAGAAUGGAGAAGGAGUUGGGUGGGCUGAUGAUGGAAUCGAUGAGUUUCAAUGUGACGGGAAAUCAUUGUGGAUUAAGGGGACAAUAUCAUGGACAAAAAGGGUAUCCGCUCGAGAGGUGGUAUUCAGCAAAGGCUGGAAAAAAAUCGUCAUUCUGCGUGCAGAUGGAAAGCUUGCUGUAUAUGCGCCGCAAGGUAAUGAGGUGCCCAAGGAAGGUAGUCGUCUGAAGUUUGAACAGAAGUCUAUCGAUGAUGAUGUGAAUGCUAUUUGCUUGACAGAGUCGGGAAAGCUCUUGUUGAGUAAUGUCAGCGCCGUGCAAAAGGGAGACAUAGAUAGCCCUGUAAUCAGCUUUAAAAAGUAUCUGACGCUUGAGGAACCACCAGAAGAAGAAAAUGGUUCUUUCAGUCAUGUCGUGCCUUAUGGAGUGGAGAACGUCCUUGUUGCUGAUCGCCAAGGAAAUGUCUAUCUUCGAAAGCUAGAUAGGGUCAUACAUCAAGAUAAUAUAGACCCUACUACGGAUGAUAAGCCAAGUGUUGACCGACUCGACGCAGCUGUUACGUGUAUGAAGAUUGUACGAGGUCCAGAGGAAAAUGACAAAAAGUAUCUUGUUGCGGGCGAUGAAGAUGGAGUAAUUAGGAUAUGGACUGUAGAAGAGUUCCAAUUUUGCGGCUCCUGGACACUCUUUGCCUGGCCAGUAAGCGAUUUUGUGCUUUUGGAUAUGCCUCAAGCUGGGCCUCUGCAUGGCACAUUGCUUUGUACCUCCCAAGCGGGCACCGUCGGUAUUAUAUCCCUGUCCGAAAUGGAACAGCUUUUCCUAAUUCCGGCUGCAAGAUCUCCUCUCCGCCACAUCUAUUUGGCAAAUACUGACAUCCUCCUGGCGUAUGCGAAUGGGAAAGCAAGGGUAUGGAAUACCGAAACACAGGAGUUCAGGCGCUCCACAGGGCUGGACGCUGCGGAAGAUAUGUUACAGGCUGGGAACUGGACGAGAGUUGACUUAACAAAACGACAUACACAAACACCUUUGACCGCUUGUGUGGCUCAGCCAUAUGCAGCAAGCCAACUUGGACGUCUUCUCAAUCUCGAUCUUCGCGAACUCGGUCGCUGGUUGCACUCUUCCAAGAACAACCCGCAUCAUAGUCCUCUUCCAGCUCUUCGGAGCCUUCUCUCUAUUCUUUUUACCUUCGGAGUUAGCGACAAAGUCGAUGAGACGUGUAUCAGGAACCUAGGUGUGCACAAGCCUGAGAAACCCAUUAUGGUAGGAUAUGGAAGUGCAGAUACCCAUGAAAUUGUAUAUGCGCAAGGAGUUGACUCAUGGCGAAUAUCGGAGCGAAUCACAGGGGUGAGACAGUUGGCAAUCAUAACUGUCUUAAGACCGUUCUUAGACUCCCCAGAUUUAGAACAAUGGGCCGCUGAAGUGAUAGCGUUUUACACUGCGUCAUUACCUCCAAACAUCAUCGAACCGGACCUAGAGUUCUUCGCGUCUUACUACAUGGAUCCCUCCUACGACGUUCAUCAGGCGGCCAGAUUAUUAUUUGCGGCCAGAGUAGGGAGACUGUCAGGCUCUGAGAUAGACACAGUUGCUCGAACCAGAGAACAUGAACUGCCCAUCCUUCAGCCCGAGGAACGCAAGUUUUGUGGUUCGGCCGCCAAUGCUUUGACGGUAUUAGGUGGUAUCGCCUUGCAAAAAUAUCAGUGCAUGGGUCCUGCUGCGCUCAAAGCUCUCGCUGAGUCAGUGGCUCUUUACCUUCAUGAACCGAACUGCGACUACAUCUCUCUAGCGGUAGAGCUCUGCUCGAAAGGUUUUACAAUUUGGCAAAGCUAUGUAGACCCUUCGGACCUUCUGCGCCGCCUCUUCCAUCUGGCAACCAACAAAGAGCCGCCGUCCAUGUCCUCCCAUUCUUCUACUAGCAUAGCCGCUCAAGCGCGUUUAGCUAUUCUGCUGGUCGCUUCCUCUAAUCCCCCUCUUUUCAUGUCUACACUUUCAAUGGACAUAUUGGACGCCAAGAGCGCCGAGAGUAGAAGUAGUAUCAUGAAGCUAUGUGUAUUUAUGGCCAGAAAAAAGCCCGCAGUGUUGGAGAAUGGAUUACCUAGGAUAGCAGAGGCGGUCGUUAAGAGUCUCGACCCGAAUGUUGGUAAGAUGAGGGAUGACGUCUGGCAAGCAGCUACUGUCAUCUUAAAUGAGCUCGUUUUAGCAUUUUCUACGAUUGACUUCCACAGUCGGACUCAGCGCCUGGCUGUGGGGACACACGAAGGAGCAGUCAUAAUGUAUGAUCUCAAGACUGCAUCUCGACUAUACGUCCUUGAACCGCACAAGGCCCCAGCCUCGGCGGUUUGCUUCUCGCCUGAUGGACGUCGACUGGUCACAGUGUCAAUAGAGGAAGGGUCUGUCACCGUUUGGAAGGUUGGGAGUAGUCUAAGCGGAUUUUUCAACGUCGGUGGUCCACCUAGGCAAGGUGGUGAAAAGGGGGAGCCGUUCAAGCGGAUAGAAUUUAAGAGGGCCGAUGACCGUCCUCUUGAUUCAACUUCGGCAUUAAGUGACGUACAGAUAACAUGGUUGGGUGCUAGACAGGCCAGAGUCACGAUAAAAGAGACAGCAUUGACAUUUGAGACAUGAUUGGGCCAUUGAAAAUGCCAUGCAAAUGAUCGUAGAA